GGCAUCACAACGGACAGCCGCGUACAUUUGUGCUCGCGCCGUGAUACUUCGGGGUGGGGUGACGUGUUUUUCUUCCGUCGCGAUUGCACCCGCGUCCGCGUGGCCCAGUUAGAGAAUCGUUUGUGAUCGUUGCAGAUACACAGGUGGCGCAAGGUUUGCUGACUCGGCCAAGUUGCUUUCCCUCGGAGGUGAAGAGUUUAAGAUCGAUUAUUCAGCUCAAGCGUGUCCGGAGCCAGUGCUCAGUGUUGUACCGUGCUUUGGGACGCGAUUCCCGUCCUUCGUGAGUAAUUGGGUGUGUGAAGUGUGUAUCGUACGGCGAGCGGAAGCAAUGUGUCUCUAAUGCGUUGGUGUGGGUGAAAAAUAUAAUUUAGAAAAGUGUACUUCACGGUCGUUACGUUCGGGUUUGAGUGAUGAGUGGCGGUUGCGGUGCAUUUUAGUUUUGUAUUGUUUCGGUUUCCAUGACCUAACAGUGUAAUAUCCUGAACGUCAUCUUCAAACUUCCCUUUACGCAACCGGUUUCCUUCCAUCAACGGGGUGCUUCUCAAGAGCCCAUCGAACCGCGAAAGGAUCAACCAAACGCCAAACGGUCGAAAAGUGAUUCGUGCGAUACCCACCCAGUGUUUGCUACGGCUUCUUUUGAUACAGUUCCUGCGGGUUUCGUGUUUCUUUUCGCGCUUUCCACAGCUAUAAUAGCGGAGCAGAUUGUGCCGGCAGCCUAAUCUGUCUUCCGGAGUAUUUAAUUACCCGGAAACCGGGGCAUCCGUCUGGUCCGGUCGAUAGCCAUCGUAGUGCGGCUAGGAAUGCCUUCCUUCCCAUUAUUUAUUUAUUUUUCCAUUCACCUGGCAAGGUGAUUGCGAGCGGAAAAAAUGCACCUCAAUGGGUGGAAUUUGCACAACCGUCUUACGGCAUUCCAUGGCACGGGAAUACGUGCGAUACGUGAGUUCGUUUACUGUGUAUGUGUGCAAAGAGAAAGCGAAAGAAGAACGCGCGCGUGUGUAUGUAUGUUUAACUUAGGAAAGUACCACAAUUCUACCACGGACUGAUUGAUAUGCAUAUCAUUCAUAUGCGUACGGUUUCGCUUAAAUCCCUUGCGGGGAAAAAUCACUUACCGCGCUUCGCUUCAUUGCCUCCCCUUGCAUUCACGGCGGUAGGUGAAAAGAUGAGUUUAAAAGGUAAAUAACAAAGGGUAAGCCACACAAGUCACGUCAAUCAAAAAGAACAAGUCAGUUCGUUAGAAUGUGAAUAACGCCCCACGUCUCAUUCGUUCCGGGAAUGAGCUUAGACCCAAUCGUACCGCGGCCAAGAAAAGGCGAACAAACAACAAGUGAAAGUGAAAGUGAAAGGAUAUAAAUGCGCAAAACAUACGCAAACAGUAUCGCAACGUUAGUGUACACAAAGGGCCAGUUGGCAGCCCGGUUCCGCACGUGGUACUACGCGGUUUGUUGAUUUUACUGACAAAAGCCUUUCGGCUUAUUGGGUGCUGCACACUCCGUUCGGGGUUUUUGGGUGAAUCGUCUUCAAGAAAAUGGUGACGAAACAUCGUUCCACGUCGUUACGAAAUAACAACAGCCGAUACAAACCCCACCAACCGCCCAGAUCCGUCUCCGUGUGAUUGAACCAGAACAGGGCGGCACAACAACAAGUGGGGCCGACGGCGCCAAACAAGGUGGUGUGAACAGUGAAUGCGAAGCCGCUACCACAAAAACGCAUUAGUGAACAUGUGCACAAGGACAUCGCGUUGCUGCUGGUUCGGUGGGCCCGGCUGGAAAAGGGUGCUGUGCUAUCGCUGCGUCUGCUUCCUGUACGCGCUGAUUGUGCUGGGAAUCGUGCUGCUACCGGCCCCAGUCGAGUCGGGCUGCAGGCGGCUGGUGCGGAAACCGUGCGAAGCGAUCUGUGUACGCAGGACGCCCGACGGCGUGCCGAACGCUGGUCGGCGGCUACCGAUCGGAACAAAUCCGACCGGCUUCGCUGCGACUGAUCGGAACGUGUCUUUACCACACUUGGCCUCCGCCACCGGGUGGACCUGCGAGCUGCGGAUCGUGGUGAUCAUGCCGGCAAACACGAGCGUGGAAGCAUCACUGCCCCGCGUGCAGCCCGUGCUCGAGAAGGCGGAAGGCUACAUUCGCCGGGAGGGCAUUAUACCGGCCGACGUAGCCAUUCGCUGGAUCCCGUUCGACGAUCGGUGCGAACAGGCCCGGGCGACGGUGAUGGCGAUGGACGGUACCGGCAGUGACUACUGCGGGCAUCUCAUACUGGGACCGAGCUGUGAUUUCGCUUUAGCGCCUGUUGCAAGAAUUGCACGAUACAUCUACAAUGACGGUAUUCCGGUGAUCACCGGAGCCGGAUAUACAUUUGACUUCGAGGAGCCAAAGACACACUGUGAAAACGAGUUUCAUAUGCUUAUUCGUACGGGGCUGGUCAGUUUCAAGCGGAUGGCAUUCUUCAUGAUAGAACUAAUCCGGCACUUCAACUGGAACCGCGUGGUUUAUUUCUACGAACGGCAGAGCUACUAUAACGUGGCCGGACCGCAAACGGGCCACUUGCUGAUGAACACGAUGGCGGAGUUUUUCCGCCACGAAAACAUUACCUACUCUCCCUUCUCCACCGAUUCGGCCCGCACAAACCUCACCGAGAGUCUGAAGGAAAAGGUCGGCCUCAGCUAUGCAAGUAAGUUCCUCCGUAAAACUUUUAGGACGUAAGGUUUCUGUUCGAUCAAUUUGUACUUUUGAGGGUGUGAGUUCGUGUGUCGUCUCAAA